AUGGCGGACAAGGCCACUCUCGCGGAGAUCUUGGCGCUGGUACGCGGCCUGGAUGCCAAGGUCACGGCGCUCGAGGCGCGGCUGAGCUCCGGCGGCGCGCCAGCGGCCGCCCCCGGCCGCUCGUCCACGGGCGCCACCCGCGCGGGCCCCGCGGGAGGCGGGCCCACGACGUCCGGCGGCUCGCCGCUCGCGGCGCUGAGAAGCGACGUCAUUCCCCUCGUCAGCGAGCUCGAGCGCGCCGCGAACGCCGUCCAGGGCAAGGACGCAGAGGGUGUCCGGAAGGCAACCGCCCUCUUGGCGUCAGGAUACCGCGCGCUCCCCGGGGUGCUUGCGCGCGCGAAGCCCGCGACGCCGGCUGCUCUGCAGGACGCCGUCGCCCCGAUCUCUUCAUGCAUCCAGGACCUGAACAAGCUCGCGGACGACCGCAGAUCGCCGGCGUACCACCACGUCAAGGCGGCGUCCGAGGCGAUCGGCGCGCUGGCCUUCGUUGCAUACGCCGGGCCUGGGUGCGGCAUGGAGCAGCCGCCGCAGCACGCCGAGUCCGCGCUGCAGUCCGCGUCGUUCUGGAUCACGAAGGCCGUCAUGGACUCCGGCCGCGACGCCGCGCACCUGGCCUGGGGCGAGGCCGUGAAGGCCCUCGGAGCCGCUUUGAAGGCACACCUGGCGCGCCACCAGCCUGUCGGACCUGAAUGGGACGCGUCCGGGGCGGCGGAGGCGCCCGCGGCCCCCGCGGCGGCCGUGAAGGCCCCUGCGAAGAAGGCGGGCGGCGCGCCGCCGCCUCCGCCGCCUCCGCCGCCCACGGUGGCGGCGUUGAACGCGGGCAUCGGCGGCGGAGGCGCGGGGCCCUCUGGCGGGGGCGGGGGCGGCGGCGGGGGCUCCGCGGAGCAGCUGUUCGCGGAGAUUCGGAAGGGCGCGCAGCUGCGGCACGUCACGAAGGACAUGAAGGCGCAGGGGAAGGGCGGCGCCGUGCCGGCGGGAGGAAAACCGCCGCCGCCGCCGCCGAGCGUGCCGGCGCCGCGCGGGGGCGUCGCGGGCGGCGCAGGCGUGGCGCGUGGGCCGCCGCGGACGGAGCUGGAGGGCGGCCAGCGUUGGGUGGUCGAGAACUACGUGGGCGGCGACGGCGGCAACGGCCAGCCCAUCACCAUCAAGGAAGCGGACAAACGGCACUCGGUGUGCAUCCGGAGCGUGACGAACACGACCGUCGUCAUCCACGGCAAGAUCAACAACCUCACGCUGGAGAGCUGCCGGAAGGUCGGCGUGCUCUUCCAGGGCGCCAUCGCCUCCGUGGAGGCCCUGCACUGCGCGGAGGUGGAGCUCGAGUCCAAGGGCCCUGUGGCGGGGUACGCGAUCGAGCAGUGCGACGGGUGCACGAUCUACAUGUCGCGCGCGUGCGGGAGCGACGCGCAGGUCGUCACGUCGCUCUCCACGCAGGUGAACGUCGUGCUGCUCCCCAGCGACGACGCCGCCGACCCGCUGGAGCUGCCCGUGCCGGAGCAGUUCGUGAGCCGGCUCGAGGGCAGCAAGCUGCAGACGGGGCCCGUCGAGCACGCGGGCGCGUAG